AUGGAGUUCCCUGUGGAUGUGCUGGACACUUUAAGGCAUGGGGAGCUUGAGACCUUAGCCCAUAGCUACAUGAAUAAGCUGCUGUACAGCAAUCCAGACCACGCUCAGCACUUCACACUGCCCAGUGGAAAGGAGGUUGAGAUCAGUCUGUCCACUGUGGGCUUUGUUCCUCUGUAUGGGGCCGAUGACCAGCACAAAGUCCUGGCUCUUUUCACACCACAGGACCAGUUCACAGCUGUGGCUUUAUUUUUGGAAAAUCAGUGGUUUGCUGUAGAAGACAUUCUCAAAACGGCCAGCCCUACACGAGAAGGCCCGAUCGAGGUCAGGUCUGUGGGUGAGAGGAUCGUCCUGUAUGUGUUGAAUCGAAUUGUUUACCGCGCUAAUGAGAUGGCCUCUGGAGAGGUGCCAUUCCUGUGCCAUGGUGCAAAUGACUAUGCUAAAAUUUUCUGGAAGGAUGGCGAGGCAGUGGGCUUUUACUCGGUUAAAUCCAAAGGUAGCGUUUGUAAUAACUCUACAAGGCAGUGCUACUUCCUUCCUGUUAUGGACUCCAUAUUUGUGAGGAAAGCUCACCGGGGAAAGAACCAUGGGCUACAGAUGUUGGAGGACUUUGUGGAUUCUUUUGAAGAGCAUGAGCUUGGUGUGAAAUAUCCUUUGCCCCCUGCUAUGGCCAAUGUGUGUAGGCGCUACCUGGAACGUUACCCGGCUGACGUGAACCUGCUCUGGGAGGUCCAAGGAGUUGGUGGCCCCUAUCAGAGGGCAAGACUGGCCACCAAACUAGCCUCCGUGCCAUUCAAUGCUGAUGCUGGGCGCACUAAGGACGCUGGUCAGAAUGGAAAGAUGGCAGACGAGGAGUUGGCAUCGAUGGAGGAAACCAGCCUUGACAUCACAGAGGAAGUCAUUGUUGUCAAACAGUCUCACAAAGAAGCAGAAGAGACGUCGGCACCAGUCGUGCGCAGUCAGAACAGUGAAUACAAGCGAAGAAAACGUCUGAGGGAUGAAGCAGGGAUAAAUGAAGAGGAGAGCCGACCGGAGAAGAUGAACAGGGUUGAGGUGGCUGAAGAAAAGAAAGAAGAAUUGGUCCUUGCUAAUCAGACGGUAGAUGAAUCAGUGGGCUCUGAGACUCCUGGAAAGCAGGUUGAGGAUCAGAAGGAGGUGAAAGAAGACAUGGAGGAGGUUGGAUCCCUUCUCCAAAAUGGCACUGCCAGAAAAGAAGAGCAAAUGGAGGUGGAGGUGGAGCAGGAGGCUGAUGAACAUCAUUCACGUGCAGUAAAGGACUCUGAUGAUCGUGUGGACACUUCAAAUGUUCUAGAUGGAGAGAAGCUGGACAAUGCAACCACAGAGGAACAGGAAGUCGGAUUAGAUCCGAUAGCUGAGGUACAACUCGAAGAUGGAAAUCUUGCAGCUGAGGAAGAAGGACGGGAAGUAGAGGAUCUGGCAGCCCAUGAAGAUGUAAAACAUGAUGCCAAUGUUCCUGAUGAAGUGGAAAUGGCUCCUGCACCUGUGGACCAACUUGAAGAUCCUCCUCUUGUUGAGGAGCAACCGGAAGUGUCAGCUGCUCCUGAGGAUCACGACAUGACCACUGCAGCUGAGGAGGAACCAGACGUUUCUCCUGCACCUCACGUAACUGAGGACCAGCAGAAAGCAGCUACUGAAGGAAUGACUUCUGCUGUGACUGAUGAACCAGACGUAGCUGCUGCAGCCGAGGAAGAGCAGGAAGCAGCUCUUACUAUUGACAAGGAACAGGAAAUGGCUCAACCAGCUGAUGAUGAACCCUCUGGAGAUGUGGAGUUUAGGAAAAUAAUACCUGUAGGUGAAGAAACUGGAGCUGAAAAUGGUAAUGUAGUGUCUCCUGGUGCUGAGGAGAAACCUGAAGUAGGUGAUGCUGCUGACCAGGAGGAAAAGGAAGCAGCUCCUUCUCCUGAGGAGGAUCAAGACAUGGUUCCUUCUGCUACCGAUGACGAAAACAAAGCAGUUUCUACAGUUCUGGAGGACAAAGAGGAAGAUCUUGAGGAAGAUCAUGAAGCAUCUCCAGCUGAUGAAGAGGAAGGACGGGCUGAGGACAUGGACGGUCUGGACGAGGAAAUGAUGGACACACCUCCAAAGGAAGAGAGCCAAGCUUCUGCAAAGAAAGAAAAUGACUCCAGAAGCAUAGAGGAGGAGGAGGAGGAGGAGAAGUCUUUGCCAAACACUGAGGAAGGUGGAAAAAGCUCAGACGAGGCUCCCGACAUCCAGGUUCUUCAAGAAACCAGGAUUGAAGCAGCACCUCCAUCCCCCAAACAAGCAACCAAGAGACUGAGCACUGUGGUUCCGGAGAGAGAGGAAGAAACGAAACCAAAGGAGGUAACCGUAGAAGGUCCAGAAGAUGAGAAGAUGAUAGCAGACGAAGAGAUGGAGCCCAGCACAGUUGGGGUGGUGCAGGAUGAGGAUCCACCUGCGAUUGACAGAAGGGUGUUGAGAGGGAAAACCAAAGACAUCCAGGCCACGUCGCGAUCCAGAUCCAAGAGACGUAGCCGAAUGUGAACACACCACCUUCACACCCACUGGACGUUCACACAUCGUGUCAACCUAACCUGUAUGUGUAUCGUAUGUGUGAUUACCAUACACAGUUUGAAAAUGUCACAAUAUUACUGGGCUAAUGAAGCUCAAUAACAGUUACAAUCAUUCCAAGAUUAAUCGUGUCCCAAUACUUUUGAAGCGAUCAGUUGCAACAGUUAAUUUCUUCAGGACUAAAGUGUGUCCCGGGUCCCAUCUCUCUGUUCUGUGGCACUGAUCACACCCAUUUACCAUUGCUGAUGGCUGCCAUUUGUUCCCACUGUUCUAAAUUGGCACUUUGCAUUAUCGAUGAAUGACCCCCUACUGAUUUUUUUCUAAGACUGUUCCUGCCAUUAUGUCCAUGCUGUAUAGGCAGGACGGCAGAUUAGCUCGCCCCAUCCGACUCAACACCAGCCAGUGGUGAACUCUUUGAAGGUUGUACCUUGAACCAGGGAACACGCUGUACUCAAGUAGUCCUCGACCAGGCAAUACCAGUCUCUAUUGCAUUGGCGGCAUUCGCUCCCUUAGAUACGCCCAGUUGUGUCUGCAAAGCUCUUGGCGUAAACGACUGCUGUGCACAUUUAAAACCCAGUUCAAUAAUAUGCUAUAUGGUCAAAAGUAGGUGGACAACAGCUUGUUAAAGGCCCUUUUCUGUUAGGUAAUCAAAGUCUGUAUAGACCUGGCUUGAUGAGUUUGGUCUGCUGGAACUCCAGUGGCCCACAUAUUGCCCUGACCUCAACCCUACUGCAUACCUCGGGAUGAAUAGUAACUGCCGUCAAUUGCCGGCCAGGCAAGACUAAAAGCUUUUCAGAGGGCGCUCAGGUGGCGCAGAGGUAAAACACGCUAGCACACCGGACUCGUCGGUUCGAAACUCAGCUCUGCUACCAGCAGAGAGUUGUUCAAGGAAGGGGAUUCCUUAUUACGACCUCUGCUGGCUGAUUGACGGCACCUGCACAGGGUUGGGGAAUAAUGUGUGAUCAGGGUGUGUCUCUCCAUACACAAAGCUGAUCCACAUACGAACUCGUCUCGUGCAGGUAAAAAGAUACAGUCGGUCAUUACACACGUGUUAGUCACGGCUCUCCUCAGUCAGAGUGGAGGUCAACAUCAGUAGAGAGGACGCAUAAGGCAAUGGGGUUGCAUCGGGUAUUGGAUAUGACUAGAUUUGGAGGAAAAUUAGGGGAAAAAUGCAACAAAAGUGAGAAAGCUGAUCUAAUCUAGGGUUUUGAAAUGGAAAGUGGCGACUAGCUUAUGGUCUGGUGUCCACAUACUUUUGGGCGUAUUGUGUUCUCAUUGAACUAACACUGAACUAGCUCAGUUUUUUUGUUGUUCUUUUCUUGCAAUAUGUGUGUAAAUUGGUGGUGGGUUUAGAUUACUACCCCUUACAACGAGUUUAUUAAGAAAUUGCUUAGAUUUUGAAGGGUUUACCACUUUUUGCAGUACACAUACAAUACAGAUGUGGUGACAAUGGGUUGACACUGAAGCAUUUCUUUAGCACAGCUGUUUCAAACAAGGUUCAAACAAAAACAAAUGUACACAGACGUAUAAACUGAACUAUUGUCCAGUUUUAUAGGGAACAAGAACAGAUUUGUUUAGGGGUCUGGGGUUCUUGAGGUUCACGUUCUUCUUAUUACAGCUUUUUGGGAGCUCACUUUCUUACUCGUGUAGAAAAUAAAUAAACUUUUAGUA